AGUUUUAUAUUUAGUAAAUUGGUUGAUAAAAGCGAUGGUAGAAGAGCCCUACUGCAGUGCAAAGAAUAUCUUCCAGCUUUCCCCACUAUUUUAGAAAAAUAUAAGUUCCAUUUAGAUAUAACAUUGCAACUAACCUUUAUAAUUGGAAACCUUGUUUCAGAAGAUGAAAAUGUAGCUCUAUCUUUCGUGUUUUCGCAAAGCUUUUGUGAUAUUUUAAUUCAUAUUUUAAAAGUCUACGUUAAAGAGCAUCUUCAAGUAUCUUCAUCUGAUUCUACUGAAAGUAAGAUGUUUUUAUCGUGCGGGGACCGUAAUUGGCGUGAUGAUAUAUUGGAAGCAAUCUUAAAGAUACUCUGUAUUUGGGCUAACAUAUGUCUCAGCCCAAAAGCUGGAUACCAGCUGGGAAAGAAAGACAGUGUAAUUACUCAUUUAUUGGAUAUAGUUGGUGCAUAUGUGGAGCACGAUAAAGGUACUGAUGCAGAUCUAAUUUUACAUUCCAUUCUUGUCGUCGUUGGAAAUAUUUCUUACUACAUAGCGUCUGAUUCAGAGCUUUGUAUUGAAGUAUCUAAAUGUGUAACCCCUCUUCUAGAUGAUAGCUAUAGUUUUGAAAUAAGACUGGAAUCCGCAAAUAUUAUUCGAAAUCUGACAAGAUCGCCAAAAACUAGAGCCUAUAUUCAAGAGCAUUCAUUGUUACCUGCAUUUAUCCAGCUUCUAAGAGAAGAUGGGAAAGACUUCAAUACUGCGGCUUAUGGAAUAAUAAUGAAUCUGUUAAUCGAUCGUACGUCUUGUGAAUUGUUUUAUAAAGAAGAAGGCGUCACUAGAUUACUACAUAAACUUCAUCUUUGCGCUGAUCGAGAUUGGAAAACAUGUGCUUUUCUCUGUCAGAUACUUUGGAACUACUGUGGUGGUGAAAAUGCAGAUACGAUACCCAUUAAAAAAAUUGAAGCUCAACAUUUGCUAAAGUAUUUAACGUAUUCACUCAGAGAAAACAGUGGUAGCACGAAUAGAAAUACUGAUCAAGUAUGGAGCAAUGAAUUCUGUCCAGUUGCGCAAAAAUUGUUGGAACUUCUGAAAACUAAAAAAUGUUGUAUAUCUUGAUAAAUGCUAUGAAUAUUUAUUUUUAUUGAAUUAUUUAACGUUGUUUUUAACUUACUAGAUUUUAUAUUUCAUAUAGCUUUUAAAAUUUUGUAGUCUAAUUUAAUCUUUUAGGAACUGGAAAGAUAUUACUGACUUUUUGUAUAAGUUUGUAAAUUUGUCCUUAAAAAUUUGUAUGAUGUUAUAUGCUUGUAUAAAAAAUAA